CAUACAUAUUCGGCCUUUCCAAAUCUAACCUGAAGGUUUCUUACACUUGUCUUUCGCUUUUAUAUUCAACUUCUUGCGAGUUGAAGGUGUAGGCAUCUUGACGCCACUAGGCGCAGGUCUGAGGCACAGUAAUUAGACCGAUCGUCUGCGGGGAGAAAGGAGGUUGGUGUGUUGCACGCGCAAAUAAAGUAGCCAAUCCUUCUCGGCUUCCUCCUUUGGUUGCGCGUCGCUCUCCAAUCGUCUCCGUCAGUGGCUGCCUAUCGGUCGUAGAUACAGCAAGAAGAGCAAGCCACAGCGUUAUCUGAUCCCUCUAUCGGAUUUUUACUUCUUUCAGCUCAAUUCCUUCUCUCGCAAGGCAGCCGUAUUCAUUCAAUGUGCUUCAUGAUUCCAAUCUCCAACCAUUUCCUUAUGAGCAACUACUGAACGUGUCAAAACAAAUGUCAUCCCUGGAAUCAUCCAUGUCGCCUCUCUUUGAAGAGAAGCAAGAUAGAAAUUAUCGGUCUGAUGUCCGACCGCCGCCAAGGCAUCCGAACCGGGGCUGGGGACGUCUGGGAGUUGUGUUAUUGGCUGUUGUAUCUGGCGUGGGAAUUAUCAGCCAUUUUGGGCAUGGCCGUGUCAAUUAUGGCUUUCGUUUUCCGAGUCCGGGGCAUAAGGCGUCGUCGUCGUCAGAGGCUCCAGAACCGUCGGACGCUCCAGAAGGGUGGACAGAAUGGUCAACCAUUACACCGAGCGAGAAGCUCAUCUGGCAGCCAUGCUUCCAGCUCUACGGCCCUGACUUCCAAUGCGCUCGACUAACCGUACCUAUGGACUAUCACCGACCGUUGAAUGAGUCAGCAGACCAUCCCAAGGUGCACCUAGCCCUGGUCUUGAAACCCGGUAUUGGUCGUACCGAGGAUCCGUCAUCCUUCGGGCAGUCUCCCUUACUUAUAAACCCCGGCGGCCCCGGAGGUAGUGGAGCUAACUUUGCAUUGACGGCUUCCGAGCUGCUUCAGACAGCGGCUGGCAGUGACCUUGACAUUAUUGGGUUCGAUCCACGAGGUGUUGGAUCUACCACGCCCAAAGCUGACUGUUUCGUGGCGCCCGAUGAUGAUUUCGGACUCGACGGGAAAAACGUUGCGUAUAUGCAACGACUAGGCUGGCUUACUUCUGGUCACGAUGUGGGUAUCGUAAACUCCAGUAAUGUUGCCCUAAGCAAGCUCAACGCCCGAUCAAAGGCGUUAUCGAAGCUCUGCAAGCGCGUCGACGAAGUCGAAGGUAACAACAGUAUCUUCCGGUAUUCGAACACUCCCAAUGUUGCACGGGAUAUGCUAUCAAUCGUCCAAGCUUGGGAUGAGUGGCGAUCCGUUCCCGACGUCAAACCUGCCAAGUCUAGCCAGAAACAGGAGAUCGUUGACGAGCAGACUGUUACUAAAAUAGAAGCUCAGGAUAGCACCCAAGGCAAGUUAGUCUAUUGGGGCUUUUCCUACGGGACUUUACUUGGAGCCACAUUCUCCUCUAUGUUCCCUGAUAAAGUUGGUCGAAUCAUCUUAGAUGGUGUUGUCGAUGCCGACCACUAUGUUAGCCCUAUGUUGGAUAACGCCAUAUUUGACACCGAUGCAAUAUGGGACAAGUUCUUCUCCUAUUGUGCCGAAGCGGGAUCACAAUGCCCACUCUUCCAGCCUGGAGAGAAGCCCGAGGAUAUCAAGAGACGUUUCGACGACACUAUGAUCUCGCUGGAGAAAGAGCCUGCGAUUGUUUUACCCUCCCGGGAGAACGUGCCUAUACUGAUUACCGCCAGUGACGUAAAGAUGAUUAUAUUCUCGGCACUUUAUUCACCAAUUGUCAUGUUCCCUUCCAUUGCUAUACUUAUAAAGGCCAUCAUCGAUGACAGGCUAGAUAACAUCGUAGGUAGCCCGGCACCGACAAUGCUUUGCCACAAUUUGACCCUACCUCAAUGGCCAGACGACGCGCAAAAGGUGAUCGGAUGUAGUGACAAACGGUACAAGCUCAAUGACGACCUUGAUAGUCUACAGACGCGUUUCGAGGCGAUGGCUAAUUUUUCUUCGUUCGCCGAUGUCUGGAUGAACGUUGGCUUCAACUUGGGCUGCAACGGGUGGGAUAUCGAAACGAAGGACCCGCCCAUGCGCUGGGAUGACCACCCAGCUCAUAAGCAACAACCCAUCGAAACCAGUUUCCCAUUGCUUUUCUUAUCUAACCAUUUCGAUCCCGUUACACCGCUACGCUCUGCUCUUAAAAUGACGCGCAAGUUCUCACAAGCGAGUAUCAUCGAGCAAAUCGCAGAAGGCCAUUGCACUGUAUCAUGCUCCUCUCUCUGCACGAUCGGACACAUACAAGCAUACCUUAACAAGGGGAUCCUACCUCCCGCACCAAAAUUCAGUUCAGAUGAUGAGGGAGAGUGGACGACUUGUAUUUGCGAUGCGAAGCCCUGGAAGAACUUGAUGGUAGAGAAAACAGCAAUGGGAACUAAUAACUUGGACGGUAUGACGGCUGAACAGGCAAAUGCUAUGACAGCGUACGGCGGUCUACGAGACAAGUUUGCCGAGUUUACAGCAGCUCAACAACAAUUCGAAUACGGCAACCCAAUUCGACUCCCGCGGAUAAGGAGCUCUUUGUUUAUGAAUGACGAACAUCCUACUUGUAGCAAGCCAUGAUUCUUGUCAAGUCGGUGUCUAAGGAUAUUUUAUAGCGUUCCAGCCGAGCAAGCGUCUUGCAAGUUUAUUUCUAUAAUACGCUACCUAAGUUUGCGAUCCGGCUAGAGUAAAUAGCUGAAUUUACAACUAUCUACCUAGUAUCUAAUACCUGGUAUACUGUUUAUACAUUGAGAGGUGACAUUGCUUAUUCCAAAUAGCCACUUCUCGUCAAGCAAGCUACCUAGGUAGGUACUUUAUGGUAACAAGAUUUGAUAUGAAUCGCCUACUCCACGUCUUCACAUCCCUUACCGCUACGCAGUAAUACGAAUAGGCCUUUCUAUAAUUUCUAUUCACCAUCUUCGGCAAAUGCCGUCGGCUGAGUUCCGGCCAUGUGGCUAGUCCUUCCCACGUUACUGUGCCGCAUCAUGCAUAUAGCUCGAUCCGGGACAGCUGCGCAUGCAUUUCCCUAUUCGCUCUCCGAGG